AUGUUGGAGGCGUCGCUGAGCAGAAACAUCUCUCACAGCACAUUUGUGUUAAGAGGUUUCCCCACAUUGCAGAAACACCGCUGGUUACUGGCGCUGCCAUUUUGCACCUCCUACCUGUUGGUGCUGCUUGGAAACUCUCUGCUGGUGUAUGUCAUCUGCAGCGUGGAGAGUCUGCACAGCCCCAUGUACCUUUUCAUUUGUACACUCUGCUUUGUUGACAUCCUCGCUGUGACAACCAUCAUCCCCACCUUGCUCCUUAGCCUCCUGUUCAAUUGGAAUGAAAUCUCAUUGGCCGGCUGCUUGACUCAAAUGUUCUUUACUCACUUCCUGUCCUCAGUGGAGUCAACAUUGUUGCUGGCAAUGGCACUGGACCGCUAUGUUGCUAUCUGCAAGCCGCUGCGCUACACUGAAAUUAUUAACUCAUCUAUGCUGAUGAGGUUACUGAUCUUUACGCUGGUUCGCAGCAUCUCCAUCAUGGCAACACUGGUAGGUUUGGCAGGUGCACUGCAGUUUUGUGGUUCCAACACAAUCCAGCACUGCUACUGCGACCACAUGGCGUUGGUCAGCCUGGCUUGUGACAACACAAACAAGAACAGUGCAGCUGGCCUUGCUGUCAUCAUCUGCUUUGUAGGAGUUGACAUACCAAUCAUUUUCUUCUCCUAUGUGAAGAUACUGAGUGUGGUCUUACGAUCAGCAGCAGCCAGUGAAGACCACCGGAAGGCCUUUCACACCUGUGGCACUCACCUCAUGGUUAUGAUGAGCUUCUACCUGGUAGGUAGUGUCACCUUUCUCUCUCACAACCUAAACAUCCCCAUACCAACAGACAUCAACAAUUUAAUGGGACUCAUGUACAUAUUUUUCCCAGCAACAGUCAAUCCUAUCAUCUACGGUGUACGAACCAAAGAAAUCCGUAAUGGCUUUUUGAGGAUUUAUAAACACAAAGCAAAGAAAAUACUGACUGUGACUUCUGCUGAAAAAGGACAAUCGUGA